CAGAAGAUUGUCUAUGUAAGAGACGGACAAACAAACGUACCCACCAAUUCACAUGUGUGCCACUUAAUCAUCACAACAAAACAACAUUCUACACACAAGUCCCGUUGCUUCAUCAAACCCUUUCUGUCUCACGUCCGUAGCUUAAUUCGUUUAGACAUCUUUAUACACUCUAUGUUUCUUUUCUUAAAUUUAGAGUUUGGUUCUGGCGAGGUAUACUAGCAGGUCGUGAAGUGAUAAGGAAGGGAAUGGGUUGGAACGUGGGAAACGGAGAGUCCAUAAAGGUCUGGGGGGAGACAUGGCUCUCAUCGGAUACUCAGCUUGCUCCAAUGCGACCGCCUACUCUUCAAAAUCAACAGCUCCGAGUAAAGGACCUUAUGCUCCCCAACUCAACGAAUUGGAAUGUCGAAGAAAUAAGGCUCCAACUCCCCCUCUACGAGGCACACAUUAGGAAGCUGGUACCAAGCGCAGAGAUGCUAGAUGAUGAAAUAGUUUGGCUACCUGAAAAGUCGGGUCAGUACUCAACAAGAUCAGGUUAUGCUUUGGCUAAGGUUCAUAAUGGUAAUCAGCAGGAUCCGUUUAACUGGAAACGAUAUGUGUGGAAUGUCGAAUGCUCUCCUAAUCUGAGACAAUUCCUUUGGAAAGUGAAGAAUGAGGCUCUUGCAGUAGGUGAAAACUUGAUAAGAAGAGGAAUUCAAGUUGAUGGAAAGUGCAAGAGAUGUGGUGAAACAGAGACCAUCUUCCAUGUGAUGUUCUCUUGCCCCACGGCUAGGAAAGUUUGGGACCAAGUACCAGCAAUGGCCAUUCCCACAGUGAGCUCCUGCAACUCUAUGGAGGAUCUACUCAAACUUGGUUCUCGGAUGAUAAAUUUACCUCCAUCAGGCCUUACUAUUCCCUUAUACCCGUGGAUAUUCUGGGUCUUGUGGACUAGUAGGAAUCAAUUGAUGUUCGAAGAUAAGUCUUUCUCGGAAACAGAGAUGGUGUUGAAAGCAAUCAAAGCAGCAAAGGAGUGGCAGGAGUCAUUACCACAACGCAAACAACGCUCUGCUUCAUCUAAAGACUGUCACACCUCGAACCCUCUCUCCCAGGUGCCGACAAAUCUCCACAUUGUGUAUUCUGAUGCGGCUUGGAACAGCUCUACAGGCGCAGGAGGCUUGAGCUGGAUCGGCACAGAUGCAGUGGGAUCAGACCAGUUCCAAGGAACGGAUACUCGACGUUAUAUAGCUUCAGCUUUGGUAGCAGAAGCAUUGGCGUUAAAAGCAGGCCUCUCGUAGGCCGUCUCUUCAGGCAUUAAAGAUGUGAUCUGUGUUUCAGAUUCUAAGUGCGUUAUUGAUUUGAUCACAGGUAACAAGACUGUGGUGGCUCUCCUAGGGAUGCUCCAUGACAUAAGCGUGUUGAGCCAGUCCCUCUCAUCUAUCUCCUUUUGUUUUAUUCCUAGGACAUGUAAUGAACCAGCGGAUAGACUGGCCAAGAACUCUCUGUUUCAGUUCUCUAACCAUCUCCUUGAGAUGGCAAACUCUGUUAUUGCUUAAGUUUUUAUGAAAAGGAAGGUUUGACCAAAAAAAAAAAAUUAGAGUUUGGUUCAAAGUCCAUUCUUUUUCUCCAACUCUCGUCCACUCCGAGAUCCUCUUUGGUUAGAUAUAUUGUUGGAGCUAUGUACUUAUGAAUUAAAAUCAAAUCGUACGUAUUAGGAAAAAUGAUCAUUGGUUUAUUUUCUUACGUAUUAGGAAAAAAUGACAUAUAUGACAUAUUGAGUACUUAACUCUACGAUUUGAUUUUAAUUCAUAAGUACAUAUCUCCAACUGAUCAAAUGAUCAAAUGUUAAAUACUAUCAUUGGAAAAACGAUCAUUGGUUUAUUUUCUAGAGUAGUUCCACUUGAAAAACGAUCAUUGGUUUAUUUUCCUACGUAUUAGGAAAAAUGAUUCUGACUGCUUGAAAAUUUACACGUCCGACUUAUGAACCACCAUUAUGAAACACUAGUUAUUAUUAUCAGCUCAAGAUUGAAAUUUUAUGAAGACCACGCCCUUUAUAGACGCCGUAACUUCACAAGUGAUUCAUGUUAUUGUUAUGUCGUUAACUUCACUUGAUCUGUAUGCUAAGAGUACUAGUUAUACAUUUUUUUUUUAUGUUUUUGCUAAAAACUAUUAAUUUAUUUCCUUUUCUUGUUUAACAUCUUGAUUAAUAGACUGUUUAUUACAUUAGUUUUGCUAAUCUUUUUUUCUUUUCCAGGUAAACAGUUGAUACCUAGUCUCAAUUCAAUCAGGUGACAAAAAUAAUCAUGACAUUACAGUACACAUAUUUAUCUCUUGCUGUUUAUUCUUCAUAUUAUCUAGUCAAUGUUUUACUAACCUCAAAUAUCCUAGAUUUAUAGAAUGAUCCAUACCAAACUUCAAAGAGAAGUUUAGACAAUAGAUGGAUCUUUUUUUAGAUAUUCAAAUAAAGUUUAAAACAUGGUUUAUAUUCGCGUGGUAGGUUUAGUAUCAUGGAGUUGCUUCGAGUCCCAAUACAUCAAUGUUAAUGACGACUUAUUAAUUAAACUCCAAGAUAUAAUAUAUUGGAUGGAUCAUACGUGGGAGAGUUACUCGCACCACUUACAAGCUUGUCUGUCAUAAUAUUAUGUGCUCUUGAAAUAUGUCUGAUCCGGAAGUUAGGGAAUAAAGUCUUACUGCAUCUAAAUUUUUUAUAUAAUUUUUGUUAUAUUUUUUUGGUUUUUACAUUUUUAAUUUAUACAUAUAUAAUGUUGAUGUUAAAAAUACAUCAAACUCAUAUAUUUACAACAAAAAAAUUAAAAUGCUAAUUUUGAAAAUUUAAGUUACUAAUUUUUAGAUAAUAUUAUAAAAUUUUGAUUUUUUGAUUUUUAAUGGUAAAGCCCAUCAACUAUGUUUAAUUAAUGUAGAAACCCCUAAACUAAAGAUUUACUGAUAAUAGGGGGGUUUUUACCCAAAACAAAUAUAGUUGAGGGGUUUUAAUGUUAAAAAUCUAUAAAUUAAAUAACAAAACAUUGUUUAGUAACGUGGAAAAGGAAAGAGAUAGGCCGACCAAAUACGGGCCGGUGGAUGGGCGGGCCUUAUCUGUUUCGUAUAAAACAAGCCUAGGCGAGUCUUUGUUUCUAGCUUAGGGUUUGGUUUCAGAGGAAGGAAAGAACGAAGGAACGAAGAACAAAUCGAAGAGGUUAGAUGGAUCGUGACAGUAAUGAUGAUGGACGUAUUCCUUUUAGGAGCCUUUCUUGCUACCAAGAGAUUUGUAGGCUUGCUGAUAAGGAUUGUCACUUCUCAUCAAUUCCAAGAUAUCCGCUUUUCGUGAGAGACGUGUAUGAUAUGGUGGAUGAUCCUUCAACUGAUUCAGUUGUCUCGUGGAGUGAUAGUGGCAAGAGCUUCAUCAUUUGGAAGGAAUCUGAGUUCCUAGGAGAUGUUUUUCCUAGGUGCUUUUCCUGCGAUUACAAAGAUAUGACAUCCCUCACCGCCUGGUUUAAUGCCAUGGGAUAUAGUAAAGUUGAAGAAUCUGUGCAUUGGGAAUACACAGGCAAUUAUUUGGUGAGAGGCCAGCCUCCCCACCCUACAGAUACAUCCUCACGUACUCCUGGGGGUAUUAUGAUUUCUCCAGAAGAGGCCAAAAUCAUGGAGAGGUUCUUUGCUUCCCCGAAGGCUCGCAAACAAUAAGCUCUGUCUGUUUCGGUGGAGUUGCUUUGCUCUCGUGGUUGUUGUUGUUUUCUUAAUCUUAUUUUAUCGUCCUGUUUGAAAACAUUAUGUUCGGUCUCUUUUCUUUUAACUUAUGGUUUGUAAGAUAAGAUGGUUGAUGUUUUUUUUUUUUUUUUUUGCAUUUUAAUAAGAUGAGAUCAUUAUGAUCUUUU